UUUUCUGGCAGAGAGAACGUUCCAGGUCAACGUAGAGGGGCAUUUGUCGCCAGCACAUCCGCUGGAAAAUGGUGUGCCGCAGGGCUCAGUGCUCUCUGUGACACUAUUUCUCGUGGCUAUCCAACCCAUCUUCCGCGUGGUCCCGAACUCCGUACAAGUGUUGCUGUACGCCGAUGAUAUUCUGCUUCUUGUGUGGGGAAAGAAAGACCAGUUGCUCCACCGAAAACUUCAGGCCGCAGUGAAAGCCGUCGAUAAAUGCCCUAACGUACGCCGUGAACCCAUACAGGCGAUAAAGGUAGAUGGUGUAGCCGUUCCAACACAAACGCUGCUGAGAACCCUCGGUGUUACUCUCGACCGAUCGCUCAACUUUAAAGCGCAUUGCAAAGUGGCGAAGAAAACGUGCAAAUCCAGGCUGCGUAUCUUGAAGAUGAUUGGCGCCAAGCUACCCCGUGGUCAACGCGCUUCUUUACUUCAAAUCGGGUCAGCAAUUGUCACCUCUCGAUUACUAUAUGGCAUGGGGCUCGUAAGCAGCGGAGGAGAUGCCGUCGUCCAAACACUCGCACCUACAUACAACAGAAUGGUAAGGUUUGCAUCUGGUGCAUACGUCACGAGUCCAAUUCUAGCCAUUAUGGCUGAAGCAGGUACUUUGCCGUUCGAUCUGCUUGUCCUCCAAACCAUCGCACGAUUGGCUAUCCGUAUGUUAGAGAAUAGUGGGGAUAAUGCUGCUCUUCCCUUGGUACAUAGAGCUUCCAGUCGUUUGAUGGAGAUAGUCGGAACGCCUCUUCCAAAUAUCUGCUCCCGCACGCGGCUAACUACCCGAAAGUGGUACGAAGCCAGACCCCAGAUCAUGUGGGACAUCAAGAAACGCGUAAAAGCCGGAGAUCCUUCGGAUACUGUCCGUCCAGUCGUCCAGGAGCUACUGACAGAACGUUUCAGCCGAUCAACAGUCGUCUACACAGAUGGGUCGAAAGACGAUAUCGCUGUCGGCGCAGGAGUUUUCGGAGAACACUAUCAACAGUCGCUAGGUCUUCCACAGCAUUGCAGCGUCUUCUCAGCCGAGGCAUUUGCAAUAAAAACAGCGCUAACAGCAUACCACACGUCUAGCGAUUUGCUGAUCAUGUCAGAUUCGGCUAGCUGUUUAUCAGCAAUCGAAGCCGGCACAUCCCAGCACCCGUGGAUCCAACAGAUUGAAAACAUGCUUCGGAACCGUCCAAUCAAUCUUUGCUGGAUCCCAGGUCACACUGGCAUCCGCGGUAACGAAGAAGCAGACCGACUUGCAGGAGAAGCCAGGGGCGUUCCCCCAUUGGAUAUAUCCGUUCCCGGAGCAGAUGCCGUUAGUCAAAUCAAAACAACUAUCCGAAAUCGAUGGUACCAGCGGUGGUCAGCGUCCACCGAGGUGAAACUACGCGAAGUAAAAUUCAACACAACAAAGUGGACUGACCGCGAGAAUUCGGCCGACCAACGAGUGCUAACGCGAUUGCGAAUAGGGCACACCCGAUUGACGCACGAAUUCCUGCUGAAAAAAGAAUCCCCACCGGUUUGCGACAGCUGCGGGGUAACUACUGACGUCCGUCAUGUGAUCCUCCACUGUAGGAGGUACGACGAAGCCAGGAAGAAGAACGAUAUUGAAUCGACGAGUCUACGAGUGACUUUAUGCAACAACAGAGACAACGAAGAGAAAUUGCUGAACUUCCUCAAGGAAGCAAAUCUGUAUAAACAAAUUUGA